AUGACACGACACUUCAGGUGCGGUCAGGAAUUAUUAAGAUCUUCUGAUGAUGAGAAGUACAAUGAGGCAACUGGAAGAUAUUAUUAUAACAAUCAUUCAUUUCCAUCUGUGUGUAACAACACAUCGGAUAAAAUUAAGCAUGUCGAUAGAUUUGAAGCUCAUAAGCAUGUAGAAGGAAGCUUGUUAAGCCUUCUCAGCUUGUUCCAUCCUCUUGAGCACUCACAAAAUAAUUAUCUUUCUAAUGUUAAAUACUUGUCGAGUCAACAUUGA